GUUGGGUAUCACAUUAGUAUAUACAUGUGUACCAGUAUAUACAUCAAUCGUUGUUAGAAAGUUACGUUGAGAUAAACAGUUUAGUUUGACAAGAUAUGGCAGCGCAGACUACAGUUCUGAACAACGGUGCAAAGAUUCCCGUACUCGGGCUUGGUACCUGGCAGGCUGGCGACGAUCCAAAGGUCGUCGAGCAAGCUGUGCACGAUGCUAUCGAUGUUGGAUAUCGACACUUCGAUUGCGCUUACAUAUAUCAGAAUGAAAAAGAAAUCGGCAAAGUCCUACGUGAGAAGAUCGCGAAAGGGAUCGUGAAGAGGGAGGAUCUCUUCAUUACUACCAAACUGUGGAGCACAUUUCAUAAACGAGAGGACGUAGUGCCGGCUUGUCGAAAAUCCGUGGAGAACUUUGGGCUCGGUUACGUGGAUCUGUAUCUGAUACACUGGCCUAUGUCUUUUGCAGAAAAUGCUGACGGAAUUAUACCGGUAGACAAGAGCGGCAAUCCGAUGUUCGGACACGAGGAUUUUCUUGACACGUGGCGCGGCAUGGAGGAGUGCGUGAGAUUGGGUUUAACGAGGAGUAUUGGUCUCAGCAAUUUCAACUCCGAACAGAUCGACCGCGUGUUAUCGAUCGCCCAAAUAAAACCGGUGAUGAAUCAGGUGGAAUGUCAUCCGUAUCUGAAUCAGAGGAAAUUGAGAGAAUUCUGUGCGAAUCGUGACAUAGCUAUCACGGCUUACAGCCCAUUCGGUUCGCCUAGUAGACCUUGGGCUAAGCCCAGCGAUCCGAAAAUUAUCCUCGAUGCACCAGAAAUUGUAAAUAUCGGCGCCAAAUACAGCAAAACUCCCGCGCAAGUUAUUCUGAGAUAUUUGGUUGACAUUGGUACUAUACCGAUCCCAAAAUCCGUUUCAAAGAAGCGUAUGGAACAGAACAUUAACAUCUUUGACUUCAAGUUAACUCCGGAGGAAAUUGCUACAAUGGACAAGUUCGAUUGCGGUGGACGUAUAAUACCUUUUGACGAAUAUAAAGCACAUAAAGAAUAUCCUUUUCACUUGGAAUUUUGACGGCGAAUAUCUGGCAGACGUCUCUCAUAUUUUUUGAUGAUGGAAUCCAGUCGUGAAGUACAUGAUUGUACAAUACUGGCAAUAUUAUGAUAAUACACGUUUGUGGAAUAAAUCUUAUAUUACACAGAAUUAAA